AUGGAGCAGUUACGUAGGCGGAUGGACGAGCUCCAGCGUAAGUUGGAAGCACGAGAAGGGUCCGCGGAGCCUCAGGAGGUGUUGACCUCCCCCUUCACCGACGAUGUCAUGGCGGAGCCGCUACCGAGGGAUUUCCGAUUCCCAACCAUCAAGGCUUAUACGGGGUCGGCCGACCCUCGGUCCCACCUCAACAGGUAUCGGGCCGCCAUCAUGAUGACGGGUGCGAGUGACGCCGUCAUGUGCCGGGGCUUUUUCGCAACCCUUGACGGCCAAGCGCAAGACUGGUUCACAUCGUUGCCCGAGAAAUCCAUCUCGACCUUUGCGGAUCUCUCGGUGAAAUUCUUGUCGUACUACGCCUGCAGCACACCGAAGAAGAAGCAGUUUGCCAGUAUGUGCAACAACGUCAGAUCAGGUCCUUUCCACCGCAACCUCAUCCAAAACCGUCCCAAGACAUACGCCGUGUUGCUAGACCGAGCGGCGAGGUUCGUAGAGGCGGAGGAGGUCGAAAGAAAGAAGAAGGAGGAAGAGCAAGGGCGGCGAGACAAGGCACCCCAGGAUGAACGCCGUGCGCCGAAGCCCCCACGCCAGGCCGGGCCGCGGCUGGCCCCAUUGCGCUACCUCACUCCCUUAACGCAUUCGGUGAGUGCUAUCCUCGAGCACGCCGAGGUCAUGGGCAUAGUAUCAUACCCACAGGAAUGCAUGAAGGUGUCGCCCAACGCGGACCCCAACAAAUAUUGCCGUUUCCACAGGCAGCAAGGGCACGACACGGACGAGUGCAUGGUUCUCAAGAAACAGAUCGAGGAGCUCAUUCAGAGGGGCUACCUCGGCCAAUACGUCAAAAGGUCGGGGCAAGGCCGACCUCCGGCCAAUGUGUGGAUAAAGAAGGGUGGUCCCGAGCCACCCGCCUCCGGGUCGCGCAAGAGAGAGCUCGACCAAUUCACCGAGGAAGAGGAGAAGGAGCUGGACGAGUCCCACCCCCCAAAAAAACAGGUCAUCCAUGUUAUCUUUGGUGGUCCCGAAGGAGGAGACACACAAUCAGAAAGGAAGAAAUGGGCUCGGAAGAGAAGAAGCAGAGGAGGGAACCUAUCAUCUUCACAGACGACGACCUCCCAGAUGGACCCCUACCCCACCGUGAUGCCUUGGUGA